AUGAGGAAAUUCAACAUCAGGAAGGUGCUGGACGGCCUGACUGCCGGCUCGUCGUCGGCCUCGCAGCAGCAGCAGCAGCACCCGCAGCACCAGCCGGGGAACCGGGAGCCCGAGAUCCAGGAAACGCUCCAGUCCGAGCACUUCCAGCUCUGCAAGACUGUUCGCCAUGGAUUUCCCUACCAGCCCUCAGCCUUGGCCUUUGAUCCCGUACAGAAGAUCCUGGCAGUGGGAACUCAGACUGGUGCUUUAAGGCUCUUUGGUCGACCAGGAGUAGAAUGUUAUUGCCAGCAUGACAGUGGGGCGGCUGUAAUCCAGCUUCAGUUCCUGAUGAAUGAGGGAGCUCUUGUGAGUGCCUUGGCUGAUGACACCUUACAUUUAUGGAAUUUACGUCAGAAGAGACCUGCCAUACUACAUUCACUUAAAUUUUGCAGAGAAAGGAUUACCUUUUGCCAUCUGCCUUUCCAGAGUAAGUGGCUUUAUGUGGGCACUGAGCGAGGCAAUAUACAUAUUGUUAAUGUGGAGGCCUUCACUCUCUCAGGCUAUGUCAUUAUGUGGAAUAAAGCCAUUGAACUGUCAUCUAAAUCUCACCCAGGACCUGUUGUUCAUAUAAGUGAUAAUCCAAUGGAUGAAGGAAAGCUUCUGAUUGGAUUUGAAUCUGGAACCGUGGUCUUAUGGGACCUUAAGUCAAAGAAAGCUGACUACAGAUACACAUAUGAUGAGGCUAUCCACUCUGUUGCCUGGCAUCACGAAGGGAAGCAAUUUAUUUGUAGUCACUCAGAUGGCACCUUGACUAUUUGGAAUGUGAGGUGCCCGGCUAAGCCUAUACAGACCAUCACUCCACAUGGAAAACAGUUAAAGGAUGGGAAGAAGCCAGAACCAUGCAAACCUAUCCUCAAGGUGGAAUUCAAAACGACAAGAUCUGGGGAGCCUUUUAUUAUUUUGUCAGGAGGUUUGUCAUAUGACACUGUAGGAAGAAGACCGUGCUUGACAGUUAUGCAUGGGAAAAGUACUGCUGUGCUAGAAAUGGACUAUUCAAUCGUUGACUUUCUAACGCUCUGUGAAACUCCAUACCCAAAUGAUUUUCAGGAACCCUAUGCUGUAGUGGUUCUUCUAGAAAAGGAUCUAGUACUUAUUGACCUUGCACAAAAUGGAUAUCCUAUAUUUGAAAAUCCCUACCCUUUGAGUAUACACGAAUCCCCUGUGACAUGUUGUGAAUAUUUUGCUGACUGUCCUGUGGACCUUAUUCCUGCCCUUUAUUCUGUUGGAGCUAGACAGAAACGUCAAGGCUACAGCAAAAAGGAAUGGCCUAUCAAUGGAGGUAAUUGGGGCUUGGGUGCACAAAGUUACCCAGAAAUAAUUAUUACAGGACAUGCUGAUGGGUCAGUUAAAUUCUGGGAUGCUUCUGCAAUAACUCUACAAGUGUUAUAUAAACUAAAGACAUCUAAAGUAUUUGAAAAAUCCAGAAAUAAAGAUGACAAGCCAAACACAGACAUUGUAGAUGAGGACCCAUAUGCCAUUCAGAUCAUCUCUUGGUGUCCAGAAAGUAGAAUGCUGUGCAUAGCCGGAGUUUCAGCUCAUGUCAUUAUUUAUAGAUUCAGUAGACAAGAAGUGAUUACAGAAGUCAUUCCGAUGCUUGAAGUUCGAUUAUUAUAUGAGAUUAACGAUGUGGAAUCCCCAGAGGGUGAGCAGGCACCACCUUUGCCAACACCAGUUGGAGGUUCCAAUCCUCAACCCAUUCCUCCACAAUCUCAUCCAUCUACCAGUAGCAGUUCAUCUGAUGGGCUUCGUGAUAAUGUCCCUUGCUUAAAAGUUAAAAAUUCACCACUUAAACAGUCUCCAGGUUAUCAGACAGAACUCGUCAUUCAGUUGGUAUGGGUGGGUGGAGAGCCACCACAACAAAUAACCAGCCUGGCAGUCAACUCCUCCUACGGAUUGGUAGUUUUUGGUAAUUGUAAUGGCAUUGCUUUAGUUGACUACCUCCAGAAAGCCGUGCUCCUCAACCUAGGCACUAUUGAGCUGUAUGGCUCCAACGAUCCUUAUCGGAGAGAACCCCGGUCUCCUCGUAAAUCUCGACAGCCCUCAGGAGCAGGUUUAUGCGAUAUUAGUGAAGGAACUGUAGUCCCAGAGGAUCGCUGCAAAUCUCCCACAUCUGGUUCUUCAUCACCACACAAUUCAGAUGAUGAACAAAAAAUGAAUAAUUUUAUAGAAAAGGUGAAGACCAAAAGCAGAAAGUUUUCCAAGAUGGUAGCCAGUGAUAUAGCAAAGAUGUCAAGGAAGUUAAGCUUGCCUACUGACCUAAAGCCUGAAUUAGAUGUAAAAGAUAAUUCCUUCAGCCGAUCACGAAGUUCAAGUGUAACCAGCAUUGACAAAGAAUCCCGAGAAGCUAUCUCUGCUCUUCAUUUCUGUGAAACUUUUACGCGAAAGGCAGAUUCAUCCCCUUCCCCGUGUUUAUGGGUUGGUACUACAUUGGGAACAGUACUUGUCAUUGCAUUGAACCUUCCCCCUGGAGGAGAGCAAAGACUUCUUCAGCCAGUAAUUGUAUCUCCAAGUGGGACAAUACUGAGGUUAAAGGGGGCAAUCCUACGAAUGGCGUUCCUGGAUACCACCGGCUGCUUAGUUCCACCCGCCUACGAGCCCUGGAGAGAACCCAACGUUCCUGAAGAAAAGGAUGAGAAGGAGAAAUUGAAGAAGCGACGGCCUGUCUCUGUCUCCCCCUCCUCAUCUCAGGAAAUGAGUGAAAACCAGUAUGCAGUGAUAUGUUCUGAAAAGCAAGCAAAAGUAAUCUCACUGCCAACUCAGAGCUGUGCUUAUAAGCAAAACAUCACAGAGACCUCAUUUGUGCUUCGUGGAGAUAUUGUAGCACUAAGUAACAGUAUCUGCCUUGCCUGCUUCUGUGCCAAUGGACAUAUUAUGACUUUUAGUUUACCAAGUUUAAGGCCUCUGUUGGAUGUGUAUUACUUGCCCCUUACCAAUAUGCGGAUAGCCAGAACAUUCUGCUUCACCAACAAUGGACAAGCGUUAUAUCUUGUUUCACCUACAGAAAUCCAGAGACUCACCUACAGUCAAGAGACAUGUGAAAAUCUUCAGCUAAAAAGUGCAGAGCCCAAAUGCCCAUCAGCUGACAGUACUCAUGUCCUAAGUUACUCUUUCCAUUGUCAAACCCCUUCAGUUGGAGAAUCAGCCUCAGGAAAGGCUUCAAGGAGCCUUGCACAACAUAUCCCUGGCCCUGGGGGCAUUGAAGGUGUGAAAGGAGCAGCUUCUGGAGUCGUUGGUGAAUUAGCACGAGCCCGGUUGGCACUAGAUGAAAGAGGGCAGAAACUCGGUGACUUGGAGGAAAGAACGGCAGCAAUGCUGUCCAGCGCAGACUCGUUUUCCAAGCACGCUCAUGAGAUGAUGUUAAAAUACAAAGAUAAAAAGUGGUACCAGUUCUGACAGCCAGAAAUCUCACUAAGUUCAACUUCAACAAGAAGGAAAAGAAAAUGAUUUUCCUUUUUUAUUCAUCGAUUUCAACUUAGGAAAGUUACCAUUUAAAGGAUGUUCAUCACUGGAUACUGUUCUUCCUAGCACAAUCAUGCACUGUUUUACCUCAGUCAUGUGGCUUUAAGGAAGGUGUGUCCAUACACACUCAAACUGGAACACAUGGUAUGUGCCUGCCCUGAGCUGACAUUGGGAACUAAGCAGGUCACAUAUGACGGAUGAAGAAGCGGGGCUGUUGACAAGAUGUGGCAGGGACUGUUCCCGGGUCAUUCCUAUAUUAAGCUUUUAAAUGCCAAAAGGUUCUGUGCUGUUGUAUCCGCCAUCAGUGUUUGACCUCUUUGAGGGAGAGGCAAUAAGUCAGAAGUCCUAAAGCUGAAAAAUAGGUGUGUGUGUGUCUGUGUGUGCGUGUGCGCAUGUCUGGAUUACAGAUAACUGUCUUGGACUUUCCCUCCCUUAAAAAUGACUGGUCAUCAGUAUCAUUAGUGAAACAGACAAACUGUUUGUUACCAUAUCUUUAGACAGAUAAGCUGAAUGGUGGGCUUUAAAUAAUAAAAACAUACACAUAGUUGAAUUGUGUAUGGGCUACUCUUGGAUUCUUGUUAUUGUACACUUGUGUUUAGUCCAUAUUUUGUCAAAAGCAAAACAAGGCGACACAUCACUUUUCAUUGAAAAGAGAAGUGUAGAGCAUGACUGAACUGCUUAUCAUUCUGGGCAUUUCCAUGUAGUGGCUGUGCAGUGUGGAAAGUAAGAAAAACCUCCAUUGUGGUGAGGAGAAUACUUCAGUGUUCCUUGUCUUUCUCAUUCAUUGAGCUAAAGGUGGAUUUGAGCAAAAAUAGUUAACUGGUUAAAUUUGUAGAGACGUUGAAAUUGGCUAAAUUUUUAAUUUUGCUUGGAUUUUUAUAAAAUGUUUAACCAAAUGUACCUUUGCAUUGUUUAAUUAAAGUUGCUAAAAAAAAUGUUUCAUUAUUUUGGUAAAAUGCUCAGCUCCCUUUUCCAAAUGCCCUUUAUGUGCUAACAGUUCCAGUACUCUCAGGUGAUGAGCCAGUUAAGUCUUAGUGCACAUGCUGUCGCAUGGGAACUUACAAGCAUCUGUUGUCAAUAAUUAUCUAUAUAAGAGUCUAGGCUGAUGACCUACAAAAUAUUUUCUGUAAAAAUAUACUAUAAAUCUGUACAUGUCCUUUCAAGGUUUAAAAAAAAACCAAAAGGGAAGGAAAAUAUGUACAUUUUGGUAACUAACUUACUUCUGUAUUGGAGUAUGAUGCAAAUGACAGCAUCAAUGGACAGUGAAUGAUUAGCUUACAGAAUAACAGCAUUGCAGACAGGAGAGAAACCACUUGGUAAACGUGGACAUUAAGUAAUCAUAGUGCAGGCUCAUCUGAGAUUAUUAGUGAUGGUUUUUAAAGCCGUGUCAGAAAGGGAAAUAGAAGCAUUAAAUCAGCAUUAAUCAAAUUAAAUAUUUUCUUCUAUAAAAUUGUUUAAAGCAACCUUAUUUUUCAUUAAGAAAUAAUCAGAGCACAGAUUGAUAGCAGACUUGGUUGUUUUUCCUAUGGUCGUUAAAGAGCACCUAAAUUUCAUGCAGUCCAUUAGGCAUCUUUACUCUUUUCAUUAAUAAAGCUUUUGUGUUUACAGUUUAUAAUGUGCAUUACAAGAUGCAAACGUUUACAUUUACAAUUUGCUGAAAUAUCAUUGGCCAAAAGGCUAAAUAUAUGUGGAUGAAAUGAUUGAUCAAUCCAAAAAGAAAUACUUAAAAAAUAUAAUUCCAAAAGGUUUUGAAUUUGUAGAAAGUACCUAAAAUGGUAUAUUUCUGUUUAGUCACCUAUAUGAUUAAUAGUUGUUUACAAAUUUCUUAACGUGUAUCAUAUACCAUCUAAUAAAUCCAUGGUUUCAUGAUAUGUCACAGGAAGUACUAGGCCCCUUUUUGAAAGUCUUAGUUUUGUGAAUGUCAUCAGUGAAAUCAACAGCUUAUGGAUUUGAAAUUGAGAAGCUCUAAGGAUGGUAAUUUACUGGCCAGCUCUCCAUCCCUUUGGAAGGACAUACUGACUCUAGUUAUUUAAUUUGCUGUUAAUUUCAUAUUAAUUGUGAAACUUCAUUUUUACUGUCAUUUUUUCAUGUUGUAUAUAUUGUGAAUCCAUCUUAUAAUUAUUUUCAAAUAGAUACAUUCAACUGAACGGAUUUUAUAAGAAAGUCUUAAAUCAAUAUUUUGAGUUAUUUUAUUUCAUUUUUAAGUUAACCUACAUUGUAUACAAAACUCAUAUAGAAAGCAUGAAGUAUUUUUGAGAAUAGGAAAUAAGCUUCUCAGAAUUAUACUUGAUUCAGUCUGUAGAUAUGACUGUCCACAGUAAUAACUAACCCAGGGAAUUUUAAUUUGACAGAUAACAUCUCUUUUUUUUUUUUUUCUCUCUUUAAACAGAAGAGUUAUAGUCACCAGCAAGCCAAGACUUCAGGAAAACAAACCAAAAAAAAAAAAAAAAGAAAUAGAAAAGUGAAAGAUUUGUUUGUGUGUUUCCUCCAUAUCCUCAACUACACGGUUGUCCUUUUUCUAAAGUCAUUGAAGUGUUCACUGAUGAGCUAUUGUCGGUAGAAAGUAGUUCCUCUAUAUAGAUCAUAUAUCAACUCCAUUUCACUCAUCAAACUAAGAUCCAUGUGCUGUUACUUAGAAAGUCAGUUAAAAUCUCAUAGUUUUACACAUUCUGUAUAUUAUACCUGAAGCUUUGCAUUGUCUAAUCCCGUUGGUUUCCAUUUCACUGUACAGACUGUUUCCAGAAAUGUUUAUAGAGAUAUAACUGGGCUAUUACUAACCUUUAAUUUGAUUUUUUUUAAUGGAAAAAAAUGCUGCUACCUGUCUGUUAUGUGUAGUUAGUAUAUUAUAAUUUAACUAAAUACAGUACUUUAAAGAAGCACUUUCUUUGCUUAGAAAUUCUUAGUUACAGGUUUCUUUAAGUUAUUUCAUGUAGAUAUGUGAGUGUUUUAAACAAGUCUGAAAGUGUUACAUAUUUCUAGGGCAUGGGGAUGGUAGGGCAACAGCUGUGGAAAGGAAAGAUACAUGAAGACACUGUGGAGUUCCAAGUUUCAUCCUGAGUUCUAUAUCCCAUAUUCUCAUGUGACAUUAGAAAAGCUAUUAUCCAAAGGUAAAAAUUUUUGUGGCAAGGGUUCAUUUUACUUUUUAACUCUUGGGAUUUUGUUUAUUUGCUUUUGCAAAAUAAGGAGCACUGAACUUUAAACUUGAAUUUUUCUGCACUUUUUUUAGGUAAAGAAAAACUUUUAUUAUCAUUUAAUCCACUUUUCUCAGUUUAAGUAUACAUAUGUACAAAAACAUACCAAAAUCAUUAACAUGCUGCUAGCUCUACCUUGAACAAUUAAACUGAUCAUAGUUUUAAAACCCCUAAGAGGGUUUUAUAUAGCUUUCAAGCAUUAAACUAAAUAGUUAAACCA